GUCAAAGGUCUGCAUCGUGUUGUUGACAAACAGGCGGCGGCGAGUCACCGUCAGGGCGCCGACCAGACUUUUCUCCUCCCCGCCAUUAUCACCAAGACUUCCCGCCCUUUAGAGUUUAUUACCUUGCCGUUUGAGUCCAGCAGGUGAGGUUUAUCAAAGAAACCCGCCACCAUGCCCGCCGAGAACCUAGAGGAGCAGGGGCUGGAGAAGAACCCGGACCUGAACCUCGCCCAGCUCAAGUUCAAGCUGACCCUCAACGACUUCAAGAACGACUCCACCAUCAAGGACGAGCUCAUGCAGGCCAUCGAGAAGGACAACAUGGCACCCUUCUACGAGGAGUGCUGUCGGGACCUGGGCUGGCAGCUGGACUCGGCGCUGCUGGAGAGGAUGAAGAAGGAAAAUGAGACGGAGCAGCAGACCAUGAACGAGACAAUCGAGGAGGCCGAGAAGUCCAUGGGAGAGACGGAGAUCAGGGAGGCCAACUUGAAGAAGGCCGAGUACUUGUCACGUAUUGGAGACAAGGAAGAGGCCAUUAAAGCAUUCGCCAAGACCUACGAGAAGACCGUCUCCCUGGGCCAGCGCCUUGACCUGGUCUUCCACAACAUCCGCCUCGGCCUCUUCUACCUUGAUCACUCCCUCAUCACACGCAACCUGGAGAAGGCGAAAAGUCUAAUUGAGGAGGGCGGUGACUGGGACCGGCGGAACAGACUGAAGGUGUACGAGGGUGUGUACUGCAUGGCGGUGCGGGAUUUCAAGAAGGCAGCAACCCUCUUCCUGGACACCAUCAGCACCUUCACCUCCUACGAGCUAAUGGACUACACCAGGUUUGUGGGCUACACGGUGCUGGUUUGCAUCAUUGCCCUGCCCCGUAAUGACCUGCGCACCAAGGUGGUCAAGGGCUCGGAGAUUCAGGAGGUGCUACACUCGGCCCAGGACCUCAAGACCUACCUCCUCUCCCUCUAUGAUUGCCAGUACCAGACAUUCUUCCAGAAGCUUGCCUGGGUUGAGAAGGAGCUCCGCCACGAUCGGCUCCUCGCCCCCCACUACCGAUACUAUGUGCGGGAGAUGAGGAUCCUCGCCUACACGCAGCUGCUGGAGUCCUACCGCUCGCUAACCCUCCAGUACAUGGCCACAGCCUUCGGGGUCUCCACAGAGUUCAUUGACAGGGAGUUGUCGCGAUACAUUGCCGCUGGCCGCCUCCACUGCAAGAUAGACAAGGUUGGCGGCAUCGUGGAGACCAACCGACCAGACUCCAAGAACUGGCAGUACCAGGCGGUCAUCAAGCACGGCGACAUCUUGCUUAACAGAGUACAGAAGUUGUCGCGGGUCAUCAACAUCUAGCUCAGCCUGGCCCGUGUUUCUAUGCUUUCUAACACACUUUGUUGUACUGUAAGAACUUAGGAGGUUUAAACGUUUAUUUUGUGGUUGGCUUACAUCCUUUCAGCAUUUGGAGGGUGUAACUGUACCAGUCACUAUUUAUGAAUGGCAACAAUUAGGAACUUAAUAAAUUUCUUAUAUAAA